AUUUCCACAAUGACGUGUUCAGUUGGAAUGAUUGGUCAAUUUUCAAGUUACGCAAUAUGCAGCCCAAACUUAUGGAUGAUUGUUGCUUGUACAUGCAUGACACUCCUUACAAUGCUUAUGACGUUAUAUAUGAAUUGCGGGUUUCGAAGGAAUGUACGAUGGCUGAAGUUCACUGAGUGGAAGCUCCAGCAACUCGCCGAACGUCUCCGCAUUCAAGAGCCAAAUGUAGGUCUUCUUAUGCAAGUAACCAGAAAAGUGAAUGAUAAGAAGAACAGUGAUAAGAAAGAAUUCGACUUUUUCAACAAUCGAGAUCAAAAUAACAAUAUCGCAGGAGCAUUGAAUGAAGUGGCAAGUAAGACAAGUAAUGGCUCAAUGGGAUCAACGGAUGUAGUUGCUGCUCAAAUCAGAAAGGCGAGAGAUGAAGACGUAGAGAAAGUGUUGCGGGAGAGUAAUAUGGAUAUUCUUACUCCUGAUGUCCAACCCACUCAACCAAGCACUGGAGGAUCUCAGAAAAUUCUGAAAAAGUGGACAGGAGCAACAAUAGAUCUCUUCUCGAAAGAUGAGGAUGAGAAUGAAGGGAAAGGAAAAAAGGAAAGAAAAAAUAAAAUUGAUCGAACUCAAGAGGAUUGAUUUUUAAUAAAGAUUU